GUAUUCCAUUAUAUGAAAGGAAAUGGCGUCUGUUUGGGUUGCGUUGGAGAAAUUGGUUAAUACAAGUUGCUUGAAAACAACUUUAUGCUUGUAAGAUUAUAUGUUACAUAAUGAUACAAGGUUUUCCAUCUUCCUUAAGUACGUCCGACAAUUCGUCUUCAACACCGAUUUUUGAUCAUACUCUUCAUUGGUGUCCUAUAUGUAAGAAAGGAUACACAAACCCAUGUACGAAGCAUAUAUUGCACAGAAUUAAAGAUAAACUACUUCCUCCUCGAGCCAAGUUGACUCUACCCUCUAUACUUCAAUUGAAAAAAUUUGAUGAAUUGUCGGAUACAGAACCUAAUGGAGUUAUAGCUAAGAAAAGAAUUGCUAAAGACACAAUUUUUGGUCCUUUGGAAGGUUCAAAUUCUGAAAGUCAAAAUAAUACACAUAUUAAAUAUUAUAAAAUAUUUCAAUUUGAUGGAUCUUCGUCAACUAUAUAUCUUAACGAUCCUAAUAAAUGUAGUUGGGAGAUUUAUUUGAGGUCGGCACUAGUCGCAGAGGAUAUAAACAUUGUAGCCUAUCAAUGUCAAUCGGAAAUUUAUUUCAUGACAACGAAAGAAAUUGAGCCUAAUGAGGAAUUGCUUGUUUGGUAUGAAGAAAAUUAUUCUAAAUUAAUGAAUGUUAAACCAUUACCUAGUAGAAAAAGAUCUUCAAUGUCGGAAGAUCAUGUGAUGGACGCCUUAAAAGAUCUUCACUCUAGCUCUGAUAUAGCUGAGGUUAAUAAAAGAUCGAGUACAGCGGCCUUUCUUGAUGAUAAAAAAGAAAUUAAGAGUGCUAACAAAAGACUAUUAGAAACUGUAGACAUGCAAGCUAUGAAUAAUUCUAUGGAAGAUGGAGAUAAUUGUUUAGUGGAACAAAGUAAAGUAUGUGAGAAGAAUGAAACGAGGAAGAAGCGAGACGCCAAAAAGCAAACUUGGGCUGACAGAAAGACGCAUAAAUGCCCACAUUGUGAAGCAGUUUUCGUGACAUCCUCAAGAUUAGCAGCGCACAUCAAUAUGCAUACGGGAGAUAGACCUUUUAAAUGUUCAACCUGCGAUAAAGCGUUUAGCAGCAAGUUCAAGCUGGAUAGGCAUUCUUUAAACCAUAAAGAGAAGACUAUUAAUUGUCCUUAUUGUUCAAGAAUGUUUUCAAGAAGAGAUCAUCUAAGGAGCCAUUUAAAUACGCACGAUCCCAACAAGAAGCAAUUUAUAUGUGAAGAAUGCAAUAAAGUUUAUCAAUCAUCUUUGUGCUACAAAACCCAUAUGUCAGUUCAUGCUGCUGACAAGGGAGAUUUCACUUGUUUAGUUUGUAAUAAGAAGUUUGAAACAAAAGAAGAAAUUGAUUAUCAUCUUAAGAAACAUUUAGGUUCAAGAACUCUACUUUCUGAAAAUGAUAAAAAGCACAAUUGUUCUGUAUGCUCUAAAAAGUUUUUUUCCAAAAAAGACUUAGAGAGGCACAGAAUUGUUCAUACGAAAAAGAAAGAUUUCUUAUGUCAAUAUUGUCCGCAAACUUUUGGUAGACAAGAUCAUUUGAAUCGUCAUCUCAAAAAAACUCAUAAAGUUGAAUUGAACACAAAUAGAGGUCAAGACUCUAAUGAAAGUAAUGAAAUAUCAGAGGAACAAAGAACCGAAGAAGAUACAAUUGAAAGCAGUAGUCUUGUCUAUUUAAUGCAAGACGCAGCAAAAUCAGUAGGGAUUCAUCCAGAGUCCAAUAAGCUGGAAGAAAGUCAAACUAUUGCCUAUACUUAUGCACCAGGUGAUACCUUUUUUACGGUCGUUAAUAAUGACAUAAACAACGUGCAGCCUCAAUCGCAGUCUAUGCAACAGCCCCAUUUAGGUUACAUAUUGGUUGAUGCUAAUAAUCCAUCUCAAUACGCCCAAAUAAUAGAUUCAAAUAGUGAACAAUUAAGCACUUUUCAAACUUAA